AUGGAAGCUUCACGCCGCGUCAUUGCGGCGAUGCAAGGUAACCAAUACCUUGGAGACGCGAAAGUCGCCAUCAUUGGCGGCGUGGCAGUGCGAAAGUAUGAUUCACGCAGGAAGACCAAAGACGUGAAUUCUGCAGUGGUGUUAAGCCCCCAUCUCGUCAAUCAUAUCAACCGAAGAAUUAGCCAAGCCAACCGGGCCGGUGUCAAUCGCGAAACCCUUAUUACAGAGGGACCAACCGGGGUACCCGAGUUUAUAAAGCACCAACUCAUGCAACAUGAUGCCGAUGGAUUUCGCCAAAAAGAGGGUUCUUUUCAAGCCAGGGUUUUCUUGCAAGGAGAGCAAGACGGCAAAUGGAUGAAGGUGGAUUUCAUGCCGGAGGAAUUAACGGCGCUACCUUCAAUGCGCUCUGUCGCAAUGGCGCGCGGACUUGUCUCCGCACGGAGCUUCUCCAGCUCGGCAUCCAUGAGGAACGUCGCCACCUCGUCGCUGCCCGCUAAGAAGCCCGUUGGGGCAUUCCGUGGAGGACUGGUUGGGUUUCUCGCCGGUUCCCUCACUGCCGGCGCUUCCGUGUACUAUUACAUCCUGCGAGAAUACCGGGCGUCGAACGAGAUAUUGAGUGAAGAUAUAAGUGCACUCCAAUCCGCAACGCAUAGACUGCAGAUAUACAUCGGGGAGCUGGAAUCGAAAGUCGACCAGCUUAAGAAGAAAUGA